AUGUGGAGGAUGGGCAACACGUUUGGUGCAUUCUGCUUGACGCUCCUUGAAAGUCCUCCCAAACGCGCCAAAACGAGUGUGAACGACAACACGAUGGGAAGAAGAGAAGGGCUGAGGCCGAAGCGGGCGAAGAGGGAGGCGAGCGCUGCUGCUGAUGCUGCGACUGCUGAUGCUGAUGGCGGUGAUGACAGGACCCAUGUGGAGCAGGCGCAGGUUGUGAAGGACGGCGAUGCUGGUGUCGUGCGGACAGCAAAGCAGCUGUGGAAGACAGCGGACGUGAAGGCAUGGCGGGCGGCUGAGGACGGCUAUGAGGCAGCCAUCAACGCAGUGGCAACAAAGAAGAAGAAGAAACACCAUCGCUUGCUGGAGCUGGACGCGUGGAUGUGGACGGAUCUCCGCCCUGCUGCCAUGAAGCGGGACAAGCCGCACGUGACAAAGCCUGAGUUGGAAAAGAUCAUGGAAUGGAAGAUCACGCGUGGCAAGUUCAGGCCCUUGAUGCGACUUGUCAAACAGAACGACGAGCAGCUCGUCAUAGAUUGCUCCACAGCAGCGCUUGCUGCCAUGCCCAAUGUUGAGAAGGCAAUCAACCACCUGACAAAGUUGAAAGGGGUUGGCCCGGCAACGGCAUCUGCCGUGCUUGCACCGUUGGAUCCCCGAGCGCCGUUCAUGAGUGAUGAGGCCAUGCUCGCCAUUCCGUCCUGUCAGCCCAUCGACUACAAGCUGCGGAACUACUUGCACUUUGUGAAGCACAUCCAAGCCAAGGCCAAAGAACUUGGAAAUGGUUGGACUUGUGAACGCGUAGGGAGAGCGCUGUGGGCCAAACACUACAACCCAGAGGCAGAAGCAUGAUGCAUGGCUGCGAAUGUGUGCGUGAACAUGCGUGUGAUGUGCCCGAGGUUACACGUGCUUGGCUUGUGUAUUUGGCGAUGAAUCACGUCUUUUAACAAACGCCACAACUCCUGAUGAGGAAGAAGAAG